AUGGGCCAGACACCCCAUAUUCCCACAGCACCCUCUACAGGAUACCCCAAUGGUCAAAUCCCUCCUCCAGAUCUAAUCCUUUUCACCUGCGAGCACAUUCGCAGCUGGACUGUGAGCAUCCAGCCUGCAGCUCAGGUCCAUGAGGUAAAGCGACAGGUUGUUCUUCAUAAAGGACACCGGACCUUCUUCAUCCACUCCUGGGACUCUGAAGGUCACAAAGUAACAGUUCCAGUCAGUGUGGUUCACCCUGAGCAUCACCAUGGGCACCAUCACCAUGAAGACCAGAUAAACUACAACCAUGAGCAUCACAGUACUGAAGUGGACUCUGCUAACAGCACAGAGGUCUCAGCACUAGCUAAGAAGCCAGCAUGUGUGCCUGGGUUUGAGUCAGAUCUGCUGAUUUUCAGAGUGUCCAGGCAACACCUGAGGCCGGGCAUGAGGCUGGGCAGAGUGCGCUUCACCGACUGCACAGACCGCUCAGUAUUUCCUUUCAGCAGUGAUGACAGUCACUUUGGCUUAAAGGCAGACGGUGUGUUAAUGGUAAAGCGACAGGUUGUUCUUCAUAAAGGACACCGGACCUUCUUCAUCCACUCCUGGGACUCUGAAGGUCACAAAGUAACAGUUCCAGUCAGUGUGGUUCACCCUGAGCAUCACCAUGGGCACCAUCACCAUGAAGACCACAUAAACUACGACCAUGAGCAUCACAGUACUGAAGUGGACUCUGCUAACAGCACAGAGACUGCAACUGAUCCACAAGUGCCUGUUCUGCACUUCCCCAAGUCUGCUGAAGGGCUGAGGAGGAGGAAGAGAGACUGGGUUAUUCCUCCACUCAGUGUUACUGAGAGUCACAGAGGACCCUAUCCCCUAAAAGUAGCUCAGAUCCGUUCCAAUGAAGAUAAAACCAAGAAGAUCUAUUACAGCAUCACUGGUCCAGGAGCUAAUCUGCCUCCUGUUAAUCGUUUCACCAUAGACAGAAACACUGGCAAUCUGUAUGUCACACAGCCACUCGACAGAGAGGAAACAGCCAAGUACACAUUUGAAGCACAUGCUGUGGGAGACGGAGAAGGAGUCGCUGAGGAGCCCAUGGAGAUUAUAGUCAAUGUGAUUGACCAAAACGACAACAAACCUCAGUUUAAGACUCAGUACAAAGGAGAGGUUCCUGAGGCCUCUGCCGUCGGGUUUGAGCUGCUCAUGGUUGAGGCCAUAGAUUUGGAUGAGCCAAAUACUGACAACUCAGAUAUCCGCUACCGUAUUCUGAACCAGGAUCCACAACUGCCCAGUGCCCACAUGUUUGAAAUCAACUCAAUCAGUGGAACCAUCAGAGUUGCUGCUGCUGGACUCGACAGAGAGAAAUACCCACAAUACACUCUGACAGUAGAAGCAGCAGAUAUGAAGGGAGAAGGCUUAAGUGGACAAACAAAAGUAAUCCUCACGGUGACGGACAGCAAUGACAACGCUCCGGUCUUCACUCAGCUGUCUUAUAAUGCACUGGUGGAAGAAAACAAAAAGGAUGUUGAGGUUGUUAAGAUGUCAGUAACAGAUGGUGAUGAACCCCAGUCUGCAGCCUGGAAUGCUGUGUUCAAGAUCAUCAGUGGUGAUCCUGAAGGACUUUUCACAGUCAAAACAGGACCUAACAAACAGGAAGGAAUCAUUUCUACUGCCAAGGAGCUGGACUUUGAGAGGAGCAGCAAGCACAGUCUGUUGGUUACAGUGGAGAAUGAGGUUCCUUUUGCUGUUCCAGUCACCACUUCCACGGCCACAGUGGUGGUGAGCGUGAAGGACGUGAAUGAAGCUCCAGUCUUUGAUCCAAAGGAGAAGCUUGUGGUGAAACCAGAGGACCUUGCUGAGAACCAAGAUGUGGUGCAGUACACCGCUUCAGACCCUGAUACUGCACGCAAGCAGACAGUCUCGUACAAGAUGAUCAGUGACCCUGCAGGCUGGCUGAAUGUGGACAAGGACACAGGCCUAAUUAAAGUGAGAAGAUCCAUGGACAGAGAGUCCCCCUUUGUCAUAGACAACAGAUACAUCGCAAGAAUUGGUGCAUAUGAUAAUGAUGCAGUCCCAGCUACAGGAACUGGUACUCUGAUCAUUGAGCUGGAAGAUGUCAAUGACAAUGCUCCCACCAUUGAUCAGCGUGAAAUCCAGGUGUGUAACAAGGACACAGUUCCUCAGCUGCUCUCAGUAACAGAUAAAGAUGGACCAGAAUUUGCGGCUCCAUACUCAGUGUCUCUACAGGGCUCGUCGAAGGCCAACUGGAUCGCUAGGAUGAAUGGAACCAGAAAAGGCAUCAUCCUGACUUUAUCCACUGAGGUGCCCAGUGGAAAUUACAGUGUGUUACUGAGAGUGCGAGAUAAACAUGGCCUGGAGCAGGACAACACCGUCAAAGCCGAAGUGUGUGACUGUAAGGGAGCAGAAGUGACGUGCACUGAUCGUGCUAUAGGGGGCACCAACGUGCCCCUUAUCCGGGGAAUACUUGGAGGCAUCCUGCUGCUUGUGCUGGUGCUGAUAGUGCUGCUGUUUGAAAGGAAGAGGAAAAGAGAGCAGAAGCCAACAUCUACAGACAGCACCUAUUACUACGAUCGAGAGAGAGGAGGAGAGGAUGAAGAGAACCUGGAGGCAGCAGAAAACGACCCAGCAGCUCCCCAACAAGCCUCUGCUCUGUGA